CUAGCUCAAUCUCACUCGCUGUCAUGGUCAACGUGCCGUAUCAGUUACUCUGUUCACCCACUAGCGACAUAAGCAUGCAUUUAACGGAAUAACGGCUGACAGGAGGAUCACUGGAGAGUUCCCUCGGGAUGACAGCUUCUUAGCCUGUUUGGCAUAAACUAAUUCAGAUGGAAGCGAAACCUAGUUAUCUAUCUUUGCUCCCAUACCCGCCACUCCGCCACUCCGAGUCUCCUUCCAUUUGAAGUCAAUUGACCCCCACCUUGUAUCACUUUCUCUACGCAAACAGAUCACUCUUCAACAUGGCUAUCGAACCGAGUCAGCCGGUUGAAUUCAAGACGAUGGACGGCAUCACCCUUCGGGGGUUGCUGUACACUGUCCCAGGCCCAGCACCCAUCGUUAUCAUGACCCAUGGGGUAGGGAUUGAUCCUCUUGCUCGGUGGUAACGCGAAGGCUAACCGUCUUGCAGUUCAAUUGCGUCAAGGAGAUGCUUUUGCCCGAGACUGCAGAGAACUUCCAGUCACUGGGCUACAACGUUCUGCUUUACGACACACGAAGCGUUGGAGGCAGCGAUGGAGAGCCUCGCAAUCAGCCAAGCCCUUACCAGAUGGCUGAGGAUGUGUCUGAUGUCAUAACAUACGCGUCAUCUCUUCCCACAGUGGACAACAAGCGCAUCCUACUCUGGGGCAUAUCCUUCGGGGCAGCCGUCAAUGCCUGCACAGUAGCAGUGGAUCGGCGAGCCAAGGGCCUUAUCAUGGUGUGCCCACUGCUCAGCUUCAUCCGCAAGGAUCGUCGCGGACGCACAUUCACCCAGGUUAUCAAAGACCGACAGUCUCAACAAAAAGGAAAUGCCCCGUACUCCAUGCAGCCGCACAAUUCGGCGGGAGAUAAUAUCGCCGGUCUAGGAGGCGCAGGGGGGCCUGGAGGUCUCGAGGCGCACCUGCUUAUGCGUGCGGCCGCGGAACGCGGCCAUCCCAAUUUCCGCGACCGUAUCACGAUCCAGACAUAUCAUAAGCUGGCUUAUUUUCGGCCCAAAGAGAUCAUGGAGACGAUUGAGGGCGUGCCGGUGUUGAUGAUCAUCCCGGAGUUGGAUAAUAUCUCGCCGCCGGAGGAGCAGAAGACCGCGUGGGAUGGCAUGACCACACCCAAGCAGCUUUUUGUAGCGAAGAAUGGGGGACACCUUGGGAUAUUGUCGGGCGAAGGGUCGCUGGAGGUGUUUCAGAGGCAGGCGGACUUCUAUAAAGAUGUUUUUGAGGACAGGGUUAAGUAG